UUUUUUGCCUGUGCGUGCGCGAUUCUCAUUUCAUACCCGUAAGUGUGUGAUUGUGUAGCAUAGCUUGUCAAAUCUCCAUUUUUACUAUGGUCCAUUAUUCUCGUUCAUUUUCCCUUUUGUCACUCUUUGCUUCCUUAGGUGUUCAUAAGUAGAUACAAAAUGGCGGCGACUGCGCGAAGUGCCGAUGAAUGCAAGGAAUUUUUUGAUUCGGAGGAGGAAAUGAAUCGAAAGGUGGACUUUCUGGUGCAAGCCUUGAAAUUACGGCUCUGGAUUGAUAAAAAUUCAGCUUUGUUUCAUUCUUCAUGCAACACAUCGUCUCUUUCAUUUCUCAGCGUCCCUCCUAGUUGAAAUUUCGUUUUCUAUCUACUAGAGUGCUCUUCUUGAGAAGUGGUCAAUUACUUGUCAAGCUCACGUUCGUAAGAUCCAAUCUUAGGAAGUUCAUGAUCUUAGACUUAGGCCAGAAAGUAGUCGUGCAGCACAAACGAACGAGUUCUUCUAAGGAUAGCUUCCAAAUUUGCCGUUGCCUUCACUGGUGCUGGCAUUUCAACGGCAGCAGGAAUAGCCGAUUUCCGUAGUGGGAUGGGCACCGUUCUCUCAACUGGAUUCGGGAAAUGGGAAAAGGACGCAAAUGCGAAGAAGCCGCUCAUUAUGACGAGAUUAGAAAACUUGCAUCACAUCAUUGCAGCUACCCUUUCUAGAUAGAGGAGACCUCUCAAAAACUAAGUACAUGAUCAUGUAGUGCCCCUACACCGAAGCAGGUUUAAUGUCAACGUAACGUAUGCUAAUUUGUUUUUCUCUGUCUUCUAUGAUCUUCCUACUUUUCCUUGUUUCAUCAACAUCUGAAAAUGAUCAGUCUAGGAUUAGGUUGCUCUGAUGUCUAAUUCAUAGGAGCAAAUGGAGCGUGCUGUGAAAGCGAAGACAACGCAAGUGCAGAAUGCCUUUCCAACCUACACUCAUAUGGCAUGACGAACUCUAUUGGAGAGAGGCUAUUUAGAGCACUUGGUCUCUCAAAACACAGAUGGCCUUCAUGUACGGUCGGGCGUCAAUGAAGCACAAUUCUCUUAUGCAGCAUGGCAUAUUUAAUUUAUUACCAUGGCAGUCUGUGACUGUGUUGUAUUUUGAUUCUCAACAAACUCUUUGCUGCUUGUUGUCUUGUUUGACAUCCGAGGAAUCCAAUUCGAAUAUAACGGAUUUCGGAUUUUCAUUUAUCAACAAGUGAAAACUUUCGAUCUCUAUCUUUCUAAUCAAAAGAGUUGCAUGGGAACAGGAACUUGGAGCGGUGUAAGAAGUGUAAAAGAGAGUUUUUGCGUGACUAUCGCGUGCGAAACAGUCCCAAAGCAUUACGCCACGAGCCUGGGAGAAAAUGCGAUGAUCCGAAGUGCGGUGGGGAUUUCGUCGACACCAUUGUGAAUUUUUCGGAGAACUUACCAGAAAUGGAACUCUCUAGUGCUGACAGAGCUGCGGAAAUGGCAGACUUUUGUCUUGCUCUCAAGUUUCACCGUGACUCCUGCUGCGAACGUCGUGGAGGAAGUGGGUAGAAAACCGCGUGGGGACCUCUCCAUCGUGAAUUUGCAAGUCACACCACUGGAUUCUUUCGCAACGGGAAAGCUUCACGGCUAUUGCGACGCAGUGAUGCAAAAAGUGAUGAAAAAGGUGGACAUCAAGGUACCCUCUUGGCAAUUGGAGAGGGGUAUCAGAAUUGGAGUAGGUAGCUCUGCGCCCUCAAGGAACACAGGCGGAAGUGGUCGGAAAUCUACGCCAGCGACAAAAAAUGGACACCAGACUCUCUCCCAUAUCUGAAAAGCCUGCGCUACUCUGACGCUUCAGGGGUGGCUCUUCAAUACCAGCACUCCUUAUUCCUUGUUUACAAAAGUGGAACGGAGCAAUGCUGGUGGGAAGACGUGGAAGGAGGAGCCGCAGGGAUCUCUUUACAGUUUCUCUGUCGCACCACCUUAUAGCAGGCCCCAACUUCACAGGAGUCGCUUUCGCCACUGAGAAAUAGCGUAAAAAGUGGUUGCCGUGGAGCUUCUCAAUCUACUUCAGAAGCAAUUGGGAAUGAGGCAAAUGCAAAGGAGAUACUCAUAGAUUUGAUGUCUUCUGAUGAAAAAGUUCAUCAUCCUGCUAGGACUACAUUAGCAUUAGUACGUUUGACAUUUGAAGGGCAUUAUGGAGAACCACAGCUAGUACUGCCGCUUGAACAAGGCGACUAUUCUCUAUCGCUCCCUUUUACACCCUCAAGGUAUCCACAUAAGGAAUGGAAAGUAAUGGUUAGGUUAGGUUGUGGAUCCUGCACAUUGAACCCCCCGGACUCCUAGCUCAACUCCGAGGAUGAUGGGCGACUCGAAUAAAGUCAGUGCUUACCGAAUGUGACCGAUAUGAGUGAUACACGAUUAAGUAUCUUGUUAUGUAGUAACGAAGUAGAUACUUGUUCAAGCACGCUCCGCUACUGGAGUCAAAGUUAAUGAAUAGUUGUUGUGCUGAAAGUUAAUGAAUAGUUGUUGUGCUGAAAAAAUAAAGCUGCUAGUAGUGUGAAAAAAGGUAAUAUUUCUGGGUGUGUAUUGUCAUGCCAACUUCCUAGUAUACUUAAGAAACAGUCAGAAGACCAAAAAAGAAAAGUGCUCUUCCUUUGAAAAGACAAAAGUAGUCAUUGUUCUCGAAAGACUGGGGGAGUCAUUUGAACGACUUGUCUGAAACAUGUUUCAAGCACUCUUUGGCGCGCAGGGGCAACUGUCUGUGGGGAUGAACAAGAAUCAUUCCUGCUUGUACGCGAACGCAAUUAGCGAUCGAAGCUUUUGAAAUUGCUUAGUAACGUCGCGGUAGCGGACUUGAUCCGUGGCUGCUUUUGGUUAUACUUGAUAGUCUAUCACUCGCUCAUCUUGCUCAUUCAAUUGGAAGGUACAAGGUGGCUGAGCGGCCUCUAUAGCGUUAGAAAAACGUAGAAUGAGGUAUCAUGGCAUGACAUGACCACUACCACAGAAAAGUAGUUCAUUGAUUACGGAGUAGCAUCUUAAGAAAGAAAAUUGCAAGUUAUGAAUGCCUUGUGCGCAUAAUACAUUCGAGAAAUAAUCACGCAACAAGAACAGAAAAAUACACGCUCCUUGAAUUGUCAAAAUGCAUUCAUACGUUGAAAAAGGACACGCACUAGUGCAAGAAUGGUUGCUCGGAAGUUGUCUUCUGUCCAUGAAGGAGGGUCAACAUUGUUUGAGUAUCUUUCACUGUUGUUUGUCUUCACUAAUGUUUUUUUCAGAACGACAAAAUUCUUCAAACACUCACAAAAAA